CGACAUCAUUAAAAAAAAAAAACAUAACUUUGUCUUCGUUUUCUCUCUGUUUUUCUUCCGACCAGUUUAAACUCAGUAAUCAGCUGUAGAGAGAGACUAGGUUUAGUGUUUUCAUCUGGCUUGCAAUGGCUACAGCGAGUGUUGUUCAUGAUCCGAGAAAACGUUCAAUGGAUGCCAUCCAACAAAGACUUCAAAAAGACCAGCUUCGUCAACAACAACAACAACAACAAAAGAAUGAUAAAGACAAGAAGGGAGCUUCUGAUGAUGUGAAUGCCUCUUCUAAAGAACCGCAUAAACCUCAUUCACUUCCUACUCCUACAAAGAAACCAAUCACAAAAGAUCACCAGGAUGAUGGUUUUGCUGCAUAUACAAAGUUGUAUCACCCCGUUGAUGAGAAGUUGAUGGCAGCCAAUGUUAAGUUUUCUAGUGGAAAGAAAAAUAUAGCUGACAAGGUUUUGCAUACUCUCCUUCGAAGUGGUGACUCUGCUCAAAAGUACUUGCAAGGUAAAAAUGAGAAGAAGGUGGAGGAGAACAACUACAUCCUUCUUGAUAAUUUCGUACCGUCACGGCCCUCUACAUCUUCCGGCUCUAAAAAAGCAUCACUGAUGAACUCAAAACGUUCUAAAACCCGUAUGUCUAUGAAGCGACUCAAGAAAUCUGGUGCUUUGAAUUUGCCUCAAGAUCUCCAAAAGUUUGAUUUGUAUAAGCCAAUGCAUGGUAUGUGGGAAAGCUACAUGAUGAAACUCAUCAAGGUGACCGGGAAGGCUCAAUUAGCCUCAAAUCUUCUAUCAGCAGAUCUUCAUGGUGCCUUCAUGUUUGUUGCUGAAUGCAAGAUUGAAUCAUUCACUGGUGUACAAGGCAUAAUGAUUCGCGAGACAUCCCAAACAUUUGGAAUAAUCACAAGAGAUGAUAAACUUCGAGUUGUACCAAAGAAGCCUUCUGUCUUCAUCAUCCAACUCGACUGCUGGAAAAUCACAUUACAUGGAGACAAGUUUACUUCAAGAGACAAUGUUCUUCAACGUUGAUGCGGAAACGAAGCAUCUUGUCUUUUUCUUUGUUUGCUUGUACUAAGCUACUAUUGAUGACCAAAGCAUCCAAGUCUCGCAAGAUUUUUACUUGAAAGCUUUCCUGAUGUACCUAACAUUAGCUACUAUAUGUUAUACUGUUUUAUGUUGAUAUGCUAAUGGUUAUUAGUAG